AUGCAAGCUCGCCGUCUUCAUUUGCACCACUGCACUAUUACCUUCUCACAACACAAUCUCACUUGUACACGACCCACCAUCUCCAGCCUAUUCUCACUACUCAAGAUGACGCCCGCCCCCAACAACCGCUUUUUUGCUCCCACAAAUCGUGCCUCCCGUACAAACUCCACCGCACACUCCCUCAUUUCUGAAUCCGCCUUCUCAGCAUCUCCCUACGUCACACCACGCGCCUCACCCACAACCACACCACAUACCAACCCCCCACCUCGCUCACGUACCAGCGCCGCCGACCUCUUCGAUAACCCACCCGAGGCCAAACGUACGGUCUUCAAACUCCCCGGCUACUGGACCUUGCAACCCACUGUGCCAACCCCAUUUGCAGGCACGCUUGAGGCAAGUCUAGACGCGAUCCAAGAGUGGGCAAAGCUGUGGGUUGGAGGGCAUGGGGUGCAGCGAAUUGUUAAUACGAUGUUGAAAGAGGUGGACACAAAAACGAAUUGGUGUAAUCUCAUACGCUUGCUUUUUCGGCAUCGGCCGGUCUGUUCCGUUGAGCCUCGUUUGUCGACGGGCGGCUCUAGAGACGAUAUCGCUGAUGAAUUGAGUAUGCAGACUGGGCAUAUUUUGACAGAGGAGUUAUUGUUCCUGGUGACGCGGACCUUGCUUCCCGAGCAGAUCGCUGAGAACCGAGCAGUGAUGGCGCGAUUAUAUGAUCGGAAGAAACAUCUUGCUAUACGAUUGGUGUUGCGGUAUGAUAUGCUGCUUGCGUGGAAGAUGCAUGGGAUCGGACAUGGGAAGGAUCAUAAGAGGUAUCCGGUCGUUGUUAAUUCCGUUGCUCCUCCUCUUCCUCCUCCUUCUGCCGUUGAUGCGACUCCAGCCCCAGCCCCAGAGCCGGAGCCGGAGCCGGAGCCAGAUAUACCUGGGAGCGUGCCAGUGGUAAAUGAGAAUUGUAGGAACGACAUAGGGAUCCUGGAAGCACCAGCAACAGCCUACCGUCGGCCCCUGAUGCCAAACGUCUGGCCAACGCUCUUGCUAUUUCCGCCAACCCACCCGAAUGGCUUCUCGACACACGGCGUCCGUGACCGUAUGCGUCACCAUGUCACAGAGCUGGACGGUAUACUCAUGUACACAGACGAAGAGGUCUCUGCGUGGAGCGACGGACUGUUGAUCGCAAGGACAGCGAGUGCGCUGUUGCUGUGGCAGUGGCUGAGAGGAAACAAUGAGAUCUUGGGGGACAUGGAAGUGGACGCCUGGGAAGAUCUUGAUGGGAGGGCUGAUGAUUGUGACUGGAUUGCUGAUUGA